UGGCUGCUUUUACUUGCCAUUACACAGCUCGUCUGCGGAGGAGCUGGGGAAAAGCUGAGGAAUACUGAUUCUCUCUGGUGCUUGGGUCCGAAGAAGACGCAGUGCUUGGACAGAGGGCUCUCAGAGACCCCUCUGUCAUGUGAUUUUCCUUUCCCAAGAGUUUUUAGUAUAGGUUUUUUUAUUUUAUUUUUUCCAACCCAGUGGUAUUUCUGCACAGACAAAGUGAAAAGCCUGUGAUUUUUUUAAUGGUGGAUUUUGCUUUGAGAUACAGUAUGUGAAGGAAGGAGUGAGGAGAAAAGAAAAGGACGUGCAGGGAGUUUGUGUUGCUGAAAGCUGGGACAAGAAUAACCUGAAUAACCAUCACGACAUUACUGGGACAUUUGUGGUGUGUGUGUGUGGUGUGUGCUAUUUUGCUUUCGCAGCGAAGAUAUACACCGAAGGGAUUUGGCUCAAGCUUUGGAAACGGUCUCAGAGGCAACCUUUAACAAUGGGAUUUGAGGAGUACUGAAGAGAUUCUGACAAAAGACACGGGAAGAGGGGAAAGCAGCGAGAACAAAAGAAGAGGCUUGCCAGGGAGCUGGGGAGGCUUCUUAAAAAAAAAAAAGAAGAAAAAAAAAAAGAAAAGGAUCAGUUCUUUGGGGCUCUGCAGGGGGGUGUGCAUGCUGCCCCCUCAACUGGACAUUCUUCUUUGUGCCAGAGCGAGACAACAAAAGCAAGUAUGCGCAAUAAACUGACCAAGUUCCGGGACGCAGGCUGUCGCUGCAAGCUGAUGCUGGGGAGCAGGACUAUAACGCUGCUCCUGCUGACACUUAUGCUGCUGACAGAAGCUCGGGCUUCAUCACCCCAGGGGACACUGGAGGUCCUGGGGGACAUGGCACAACUGGAAGCCUCCAUGCACUCGUCAGUGCUCUCUGACCUCCAGGAGGCGCAAGCCGUAGUGUCUGCUGCGGCGCAACCAAGCGGCUUCCCAGAUUCCUCUGCAGUAGUGGGAAGGAUGUUCCAGAUGCAUAUUCUCACAAAAGCCAAGGAUUCUGGGAGCGCAGUUAAGAUUACAGAGACAGGCAAAGAUAAACUGCCAUCAUGGUUGCACUGGGAUCCAUUGAGCAGCACCCUUCGAGGCCUUCCUUUGGAGAUAGACAAGGGUGUCCACUACAUAUCUGUCUCUAAUUCCACUGAAAGCAACAUGUCCCAGAAUCCUGAAGUAUUUUCCAUUGAGGUCCACCCGGAGGAACAUGCUGACACAGAUCCUGUGCAGUUGGCAGUCCAGUUAACAGACAAUGAUUCUCAACAUUUUGUCUGUAGCAAUGAAGAGCCAGUUACUGUGCUAACGGUAAUUCUGGAUGCAGAUCUCACUAAGAUGAGCUCCAAACAGAGAGUAGAGCUUUUGUCCAGCAUGAAGAAAUUCUCAGGAGUAGGGCUUCAGCAUAUGAAGGUGCUGCCUGUUGUCAACAAUCGCUUGUUUGAUAUGUCUGCUUUUAUGGCUGGGCCAGGAAAUGCCAAAAAGGUUGUAGAAAAUGGUGCUUUAUUGUCUUGGAAACUUGGCUGUGCCCUGGAUCAAAGCAACAUUCCCAACAUUAGCAGUGUUCAAGUUCCAGCAAAGGAAGGGACAAUGUCAGCCCAUUUGGGAUAUCCGGUGGUGGGAUGGUACAUUGCUAACAAAAAGCCACAUGUACCUAAACGAGUACGGCGGCAGAUUAAUACCCCUACCCCUGUGCCCUCCUUGCUUCCUCCAACAACAUACCCUGAGCCAUCAAGCCGCAUUGUGCCCACACCAACGUCCCGAGUCAUUGGACCAACAUCAGACAGUUCCUCGCAACCUGUGCGGGGCCCUGUACCUCUGCCUGUGAAACCGACUAUUCGCACAAGAGAUCCAAUUGCUCAUACUCCCACAAUAGGACCCCCUCAGCCCACAAAAAUUAUGGACACUACCAGCACUAUUACAAUACAGCCCACCAUGACAAGGCCAGUGUAUGUUGGGCCUUCUGUAACACCCCCGACACCAACCACCAAGAAACCAACAAAAAGGCCCAAGAAACCCAAGACCACCCCAGUCCCGAAGGAACCUAAGACAACCACUACCAAGCCACCCAGGCGUACUACACCCUCAGUUGUUUUACCUGAUGGCAAUACGAAACCAGAGCUACGCAACCCAAUUGACCAAGUCAAGUCAUUCAUCGGCACAUACUUUGAGGUGAAAAUCCCAUCUGACACGUUCUUUGAUCGAGAAGAUGGUACAACGGACAAGUUAAGACUUACUUUGAGAAAGGAUAACGACAUUGUAGGAGAAGACUCCUGGAUUCAGUUCAAUAGCACCAGCCAGUUGCUUUAUGGAUUACCAGACUGGCAGCACGAGGGCAAGCAUGAAUACUUUAUGCAGGCAACUGACAAAGGUGGCCUUUACACGACCGAUGCCUUUGAGGUUCGUGUAAGCCGCUUUGGAAACAACGUUAAGCAUCCAGUCCUGUUUGCUGCUCGAUUCCAUGGGGACCCUCGUUCUGUUACAAACGAUAUCCAUAAGAAAAUCCUUCUGGUUAAGAAAUUGGCAUAUUCCUUCGGUGAUCGCAAUUCGAGUUCAAUCACCCUGAAAAACAUUACUAAGGGAUCCAUUGUAAUUGAGUGGACCAACAGUAGCCUUCAACAACAUCCAUGUCCCAAGGAGCAAAUUCAGGCCAUGAGUCGAAGGAUCUCUGAUGCUGAAGGUAAACCUUCGCCAUUCUUCAACAACGCCAUGGAACCCGAGUUCAAACCCAUAAAUAUCACAGUCAAAGGAACCGCCAGCUGCCGCAACUACAUGUUUGUACCACCAGCUGAGAUCCCGGACCCCAUUCCUCCUGCUGUUACACCAGCUGUGGGAGCAGGACGACAGAGCAACGAUGAUGUGUAUCUUCACACAGUCAUACCAGCUGUAGUGGUUGCAGCAAUCCUCUUGAUUGCAGGAAUCAUUGCUAUGAUUUGCUACCGCAAGAAACGCAAGGGCAAGCUUACCAUCGAAGACCAGGCAACCUUCAUUAAAAAAGGAGUCCCAAUCAUUUUUGCUGAUGAACUUGACGACUCUAAGCCGCCUCCGUCGUCUAGCAUGCCCCUUAUCCUUCAAGAGGAAAAACCUCCUCUGCCACCCCCCGAGUAUCCCAACAUGGCUAGUCCAGAGACAACACCGCUGAACCAAGACAUUUUGGGAGAGUAUUCAGGCCUACAAGAUGAGGACCCUAACGCACCUCCUUACCAACCUCCACCCCCGUUUUCCGUUCCGAUGGAGGGUAAAGGGUCCCGUCCCAAGAACAUGACCCCCUACAGAUCACCACCCCCAUACGUUCCACCCUAAUGUUUAUAGAUCCCUCCAGUGUGGAGGACAGGGAACCUGUGUAGUUCCAACACCAGUGUUGUCUCUUUGCAUUUUUUGGAAAAACGGAGGGGCAUUACAAUUCAAGACAUUGAAUUGGUAGGGUUGGGUGGAUUUUGGUAAAACUGGACUUUUUGUUUGUUUGUUUUUUUGUUUUGGAGUGGUGAUGGCAGGGGUGUAAUUAUAUAAUCCUCAAAGACAGCAACAACAACCUCAGCCUCUGGCUGUCUGGCUGCAGAUGAGUUGUAAGAUGCACCCUCGAUCCUAGCGCUUUUGUGUCUAGAUGGGCUGUUUUGAUUUAUUUUGUUUUUUGUUCAUCAUUUAUAUUUCUUUUUGACCUAUUUCAAAAUCAAACUACUUGCCUAACAGCACUCUUUUUAUCUUCUGAACUCUUUGAAUAAUACAGUACAUAAAGACAAUAAGUAAAGUGACUGCAGGUGCAAAUGUUUCAUAGUGACAUUCUACAAAUAAGAAAGAAAAAAACAUGAUUCUAGAGGUACAGUUGUGCAAACAAUUAUGGGCUUGUUUAAUUCAAUAAGGUUUGCCUUUUAACAUUAAUUGUAAUGUUUUUACCCUUAUUCACAUGUCUAGUCAAGAUGAGCAUAAGAGGUAGCCAAAAACCUUGAGAGGGAUAGAACUUUUUUGUUUGAUUGUUUGUUUGUUUGUUUGUUUAAUCCACUGUAUAUUUGAGGGUUGAUAGAGUUCUUUUUCUUUCUCUUGUUUUUCUUUUUAUUCGGUGGACGUCAAAGAAAAACCGAACAACUUUUUGUAUCCCUACGUAAUGGAAAUGAGUUAAGAGGCUAUGGAUAUGUUCUUGAGAUAGUUUCAAGGAAGUGUUUCAGUAUCUAUAGAGAUUCAUGCCAGACCUAGACAUGGAGGUAUUAUUAUGUCAUACUGAUUUUGAUCUUUUUUAUGCUCAAAACUCUGACAUUAUUCAGUUUUUAUGUCCGUCAUGGUUUAUAGUAAGGAUAUACGGCAUGAUGUAGCUGCUGCCCUUUCAAGGACACAUAAAUGGCCAAAAUCAUAAUGCCUACAUCUCACAGAAGGCAUCCGCUACUUGUUUCCCCCUUCAAAGGUUUAAAAGUCACCGUCAUGAUUUUGAUUAAAUGAUUUGAAAGACUCACAGCAUAGUAUAUGUUUUCAAAUGAUUUGAUCAUGUUUUAUGGUUUUUGGUCUUUUUUUUUUUUCUUUCUUUUUUUUUACUUUUCAAUAAUGAUUAUCGAGUGUAUGCCUUGAUUCAAAAUAACUGAAAAUAAAGACUGAAUAUUUUAAUAAAGAAUCAUUCUCUAAACAAUGGCAUCAUUUAUUAAAUGUAACUAUGAUACUGUAUUUGCAGCUGAAUGUCAGGGUUUUAUUUUGUAUAUUAUUUUUUAUAUAUUUUUAAUAUAUAUUAUAUAUUUUGCCUUGGCAGUAAUGCAGCAGUCGUCUUUUGUAAAUAAUCCUUUGCCUUCGGAUAGAACUGUUUUCAUAGUCCAGAGGUGUGUACAUCAGAUAUGGCAGAUGCAAUGGGGAAAAAAUGCUUGUUCAAAUUUUUUGUAGAAAAGGGGUAAGUAUAUAAUCAAAUUACCAAAUAAACAUUUCUGUAGUGAUUUUGUUCACAAAACAGUACUUUUUUUUUAAUCAUCUUUAAAAUGAUC